AUGGGGCAAGAGACGGGGCAUAGCGCUAUAUUAUUUAGCUGCCCUUUCCUACUAUUAUAUGGAAGUUUUAGAGCUAAAGACCAGAAGAAGGAGAUUGGGCAGCAUAGCCCUAAAGCACUAGCUGGACUAAAUUGGUUGACGACCCGAUGUACCUCUUUAGAGCCCAUUCCUUAUGCUCACCCCGAGGGUGAACUUCCAAAAGUGCUAUCGAGCUAUCGGUCGUUUAUCCCAAGAAGUUGGUACUUCUGUAAAGCGCUAAUACUAGCGUCUCAAAUCUCAUAUAAGAGAAAGAAGAGUUUCGAGGUCCUCACGUAUGAAAUGACCUAA